UCCUGGAAGUUUUUGGACGCUCACGAGCAAAUUCCCUUCUUUGAGACAUCGGUCUAACUGCGGAAGUGCGUGCUCUAAACCUCGCUUCUCUGUGACAUGGCUGAUGGAGCAACGCUUCGAGCCCUCUCUCUCUCAUCGUGUUCGCAUCUUUCACCUUGGAACCCAGAAGAGGGAGGGUGCGGAGUGUCUCAAGACAUCGCAUUUACGCCAGAAGGAUCUCUUGAGAUCUCUCAAAAUAUAUGAAUAUAUAUAUAUACUCUGUGAGACAGUGAAACUAUCCGCCAGCCAAAGAAAAGCACACACCAUAACAACAAACAAAUCAAAUAUGACAUGGUCGUCCUCCCUUGAGAAGAAGUUGCCAAUGGACGACUACCAACGAUGGGCUUGAUCUUCGGAAGUCGAAUUCCAGCUCGACAGGAGGUUGCUAAUUGGAAGCCUCCAUUCUAAAGUUAAUCUGCCGAAUCCAACACAAACCAAAAAGGAUCGAAUGACAUAAGUUAGAUAAAAACGGGCAAAUAAAUCGAGCCUUGAACCCACCGACAAGUGUUAAUCGAUUUGUGGGUUUCAUCCCGACCACGAGAGAUACAUUUCUUUGUUUGUUUCAAGAGGAAACCCGACGGAAACCCCACUCAUCGAUGAAGAUGCCAAGAAAAACAUUCGUGGUCCUAGUGAUCCUCUCGGCAGGGUUGCUAUCACUUAUGAUGGGAUUCAUCAACAAUUUAAGUUCUCCACCAAUAGCGUUGAAUCGACCAAUGCCACUGGUAUCGAUGGAUGAAUAUAUUCGAGGACCGAGUCGAGCCUUGCAAGAUAAGCAAUUCCUGGGGCCAUCAUCAGUGAGGUUUUCCGAGACUACUGAGAAGUACCCUAAGGAGAAUACCGACCACGUUCAAGCGCAGACAACGAAGCAAACUCAAUUCAAACCCUUCAAACCAGCCCGAAAAGAGGACGAUGAGAUUAGUGAAAUCCUUCACAUGACAGAUAUUCAGAAAACAGGCAAGAGUGUUCAAGCUCGUUUAAGAGCCCGCAAGAGAUUCAUGGCUCUGAACCGAAUCCCAAUGAUGAAGCCUAAGCCCAAACCACAGCUAUCCUUGUUUGGAUUCAACUCUCUCCAACUCAAUGGGUUGGACAACCCACUGUUUUUUGGGGCUCAACACGUUAAAGCACGCCUCGAUCGUGAGAUCAAGAAGGGGGAAGAUGCCUCCAAGUACUUGGCAGUUGCAAGUAAAGAGCCUCCAAACUUCAAUGUUACCAAUGCUGCAUUGAUUGAAACAACUAAAGGAAAUGAUGCUGUGUACCACGUGGGUGACAAGAUCCCACCGGAAAAUGCUCGUCAGAUUCUGAUCGCCACCACUUGGCGAAGUGGGUCCUCCUUUACGGGAGAUAUUUUUCGGCAUUACCCGGGCACUUACUACUCCUUUGAGCCUCUGCAUUACACUUUCCAACAUGCUUCCAACCUGGAAGACUACGAACCUGCAAUACGCUUAUUGAAAUCAUUGUUCAAGUGCCAGUAUGAUAGCACUAAUCUAGGGUAUUUGAAGCACGUUUCUCUGGGAAAAAACCACUUCCUCUUUGACGAAAACUUUCGCGUGUGGCAAGUCUGCCAACGACUUCUUCCAGGCAAGGCUGCAUGCUUCAUGCCCAGACUGUACCAAGCAGUCUGUCCCCUUUUCCCCAUUCGGUUAAUUAAAACUGUUCGAUUGAGGGUGGAGUACACCGCCGAACUAUUGGCUGAUCCGGAACUGCCCAACUUGAAAGUGAUAGUCUUGAUCCGCGAUCCACGGGGCACCAUGAACUCGCGAUCCUCCAUGGAUUGGUGUUUGAAGGACCAUUGUGCUAAUGUGACUAAAGUUUGUGAUGAUCUAGAUCGAGACCUGGCUUCGGCUUACGAUCUCCGUGAUAAAUACCCUGGUCGUGUCUAUUUGAUUCGAUACGAAGAUUUGAGUGUGGACCCAUACGAGAACGUGGACAAGAUAUUUGAGUUCUUGGAUUUACCGCAAAAUUCCGUGGUGGACAACUUUAUCAAAACUCAUACCAAAACUAGUCGGAUUGCCAAGGUCAUGCCAAAGGGACAGUCCGGAAGCAAAAUCAGUGUUAAUCCCUAUGGCACUUAUCGCGAUUCCAAGACCACAGCCUUUGCGUGGCGGAAGAAGAUGGAUAUCAAUUACAUCCAUCACAUUCAAACCAAUUGCAAAGCUCCCAUGGAUAAAGCGGGCUACCACUUGAUAGAGACAAGUGAACAAAGGGAUGAUCCUGACUUUCCGGUCAUUUCCAAGACUGCCGAAGAGGUUUGGCCUUGGGAAAAGCGUCAAUGAAGUGUGACAUUGGCAAUCGCAAUACUUUGGUUUUUUUUAGCUCUCUUUGGUUGAUUGCUGAUGAGCUGAGUUAGAGAUAAAAUCCAUGCACCACUUUGUGAUCAAUCAGACAUUAGCUCUGAAUAUGAGUAUAUUUUUUGACAUGCAACCGUGAUGCAAUCGUUCAGACCUCGGCCAUGAAAACUGAACUGAUCGACAUCCAGACAUUGUUUUUUUCUAUUGUUUUUUGUUAAACGAGAUUUGCAACGUUCAUGAGAAAUACACUAUUACACGUGGUAUCUAAA